AUCUCGACCAUGAAUCCCGCAUAGUUGCCAAAAUCUAAGGUGCUUUUCUCCAUUCUCUUAAUCUAAACAAAAAACCCUAAAUCUCGACCAUGAAUCCCGCAUAGUUGCCAAAAUCUAAGGUGCUUUUCUAUUCCGGUUUGUUUCGUCUUCGAUUUGGUAGAUCCACAAGUGUUUUCAUCGGGAGUUCUGUUUAAUUUUUUGAUUUUGAAGCGCGAGUUCCAUGAUUUCAUCGGCAGAUCCAAAAAUGCUAACGUCGAGAAAUAUGAUCAAAAUCUCGCGUUAGAUGCAUUUAAAAGAAAAUGCAAAGUUAGGUAUGGAGAUUAUAUCAGCAAGAUGAGAAAGAAAAAAGAAGAAACCAACCUACUUCCCUGAGGCAGUGUGGAAUGACUAUUGUAAAGCUUGGAAUACGACUGAUGCUAUAAAGGCUUCCAAAAGAUGUUCGAACAAUCGCAGACAGGGAAAGAGAAGGCUAUUGGCACACAUGCUAAUUGUUGUGUUGCAUUUGAUGUGACAGCCAAAAAAAUGGCUAAAGAGAACCAUGGAAAUCUCCCUCCAUUUUGGGACCUAUUUCUGAACACUCAUAGGCUAAAGGACUCAUACGAGUUAUGUUCACAACAAGCCAAAGAAAUUGAGGAGAGAGUUUUGGCAAGGGCUGAAGAGUUGCGUGCUGAAGGGGAAGAUCCAGAUUACGAUGCAAUCUUUCUCGAGCUUUUUGGGAGGGUUAAGAAAAGGAAACAGGUUCCUGGAGCUGGGCAAGCGACAAGCUUGUAUUUUCCAUUUGCUACCAGCUCAGCUGCGGGCUCUGCAUCUUCCGGCUCGUCUGGCCUCAGCACUGAGCAGGUUGAUGAGCUUCUCGAGCGACAAGUACAGCCAUUGCAUCAAGAGAUCAAAGAAUUGCGGGAGCUAGUAAAAGUCCUCCGUCAGCAAUUUCAAGAGUGAAAUAAUAUUUUGGGAACUAAAUUUGAAUUGCCUCAGCACUGAGCAAGUGGCUAGUAGUAUUUGAACUUAAUUUGUGUUCUGAUUGAAUUGAAGUGUGAAACAAUAUUUUGUAUCUAUGUAAAAUUUGAAUUUUCGUCA